AGGUGGCAACGCCACCCUAGUCAAAACAGUGACAUAACAGUGCUCUAACCCCACUUGGCAGUGCAAUCAAUUUCGGGCCCCUUUUUCCACUAAUUCGGCGAUAAAAUGGUGCUGCUGGCAGGCUUGAACCGCGCCCUGUGGCCCAAGCUGCGGCCGGCGACGCAGUGGCGGCUGGUCUCCACCUCCAACAGGAAGAACAACGAAACAGCGACGGCGGACGUUUGCAAGGCCCCCGCCGCCAAGGCGCCGCCCAAGAACUGGAUUUCCUUCGGCUACGACAUCCGGGACCAGAAGGAGGACUUGCACGCCCACCAUUCGCUGAUGUUCGUCGGCAUCAGCCUCUGCCUGAUGAUUGGAGGCUACGUGUGGGCGUACGCCCCGGAUCUGAACCUGCGGGACUGGGCGGGGCGCGAGGCCUUCCUGGAGCUGCGGCGCCGCGAAGCGUCCGGCGGCCCCCUGAUCGACCCCAAUUUUCUGCCCGUCGAUCGCAUCGUGCUGCCCACCGAUGAGGAGCUGGGCGACACCGAGAUUAUCAUUUGAGCUUGCUGUUUUCCUGUACGAUUUUCCUAUUAUAUGAUUUAAUUCGA